GGCCAGGGAGCCUGGGAAAUAUAGUCGAGUGAUCUUAUCACCGUGGGGCUGAGAGGGGGCGGGGAAAGGAACAAGACAGGCUGGAUCAUUUACUGCCGCUCCCUCUCACACAACGAGCCUCAGGCGUGCGGCCCUGCUACCCAGACCAUUGACCUCAUCACCGACCAGCUGCCUGGCCCUUAUCGCUUGUGGAGCCCCCCUGUCCGAGUCAGCCUGCCAAGGAGACCCUCAACGGGGCCCAUAUUUCACUCAAGGGUUUGAUCUCCUGAGGUGGGAGGUGAGGCCGGGUUCCGCGCUGAGGGACCUGGGUAGGGUGUGCUGGCUGAGCUGAGAGGUGUGAGAAUCGGGAAGGUCCCGUGCGCUAACCUGAGGUGGCGCCAGCCAUUCUGUUGCUCGUCCCCUUGCACUUCUCCAUUUCCUUUUAAGGCUUGAACAGGGCCUUCUGCUGCGGGUGCUAAGUGCGACCUUCCAACCCUGGUCAGAUUAAUGUACGGAAGCUGCAAAGCAACGAGUGGAACCUCCCCGCGAAUCGGCUUCCUGCUUCCGGACAAAUGUCAAGUCUGUUUUUGUUUAAGAAUACCCCGAAAUAGGAUCCAGGAAGAUUUAAAGAGCCAGGCUGAUUGUUUUCCUUAAUGGUAUGUCCCGCGCAGUUGUAAAGUAGUUUCAGAGAAAGGCUGUUAUUAUUGAUGGUGAGGAUGGAGUGGGGGCAGAGCACAGGACUUCUGGGCAACUGUCUUACAGAGUCUACUUUGUUAACCUUUACUAAGGGGCAUGGUCUGUUACCAUAGGGUUUCCUAUUUUUACACAAUCCGUGGUCCUCGGGGUUCACUUUCCGCGUAGGAGGGUUUUUGUUUGUUUUUGUCUUUAGGGCUGCACCGGUGGCAUAUGGAGGCUCCCAGGCUAGAAAUGGAAUUGGAGCUACAGCUGCUGGCCUACACCACAGCCACAGCAACGCAGGAUCCAGCCGUGUCUGCAACCUACACCACAGCUCACAGCAACGCCGGAUCCUUAACCCACUGAUCUGAGGCCAGGGAUCGAAUCUAAUCAGGUGUCUGUAGGUGAUUCUGGUCAUUGCAGGACCAUCUGGGACUUGGCUUCCCCCUGCCUAAUCUCAUUUUCCCAACUCUCCCCAAAGCCAUGUCCGGGUCCUCCCUCAUUAACUUUACCCCAGCCACUGACCCCAGUGAUCUCUGGAAAGAUGGGCAACUGCAGUCACACCCUGAAGAGCUGGAGCCCACCCUGGAUGGGGCUGCAGCCCGGGCUUUCUAUGAAGCUUUGAUUGGGGACGAGGACAGCACCCCUGAGCCCCAGAGAUCUCAGCCUGAGCCUGCUAGAAAGAGGAAGAAAAGACGAACGAUGAGGGAGACUACAGCAGGAGCAUCAGGAGAAGAUGGACAAAGGAGAUCCCUUGAGGCAGAGGACAAGAUGACCCAGCAGAUACUGAGGGCAGCCCAGGAGGGGGACCUGGCAAAACUGAAAAAGCUGUUGGAUCCCCAUGAGGCAGGGGGAGCUGGAGGGAAUAUCAACGCUCGAGAUGCUUUCUGGUGGACCCCACUGAUGUGUGCUGCCCGAGCAGGCCAGGGGGCAGCUGUGCGCUAUCUCCUGGGCCGUGGGGCGGCCUGGGUGGGGGUCUGCGAGCUGGGUGGCAGGGAUGCUGCUCAGCUGGCGGAAGAAGCAGGCUUCCCUGAAGUGGCCCGCAUGGUCAGAGAGAGCCCCGGAGAGACAAGGAGUCCAGAGAACCGGCCCCGAUCCCUCUCCCCCCAGUACUGUGAGACCUGUGAUGCCCACUUCCAAGACUCUAACCACCGUACAUCCACCGCUCACCUGCUCUCACUGUCCCGGGAUCUCCAGCCCCCCAACCUGCCCCUUGGGGUGCCUACCUCCAGCCCAGGCUUUAAGCUUCUCCUAAGGGGGGGUUGGGAGCCUGGAAAGGGACUGGGACCCCAAGGUCAAGGCCGUGCCAACCCCAUCCCCACUGUCCUCAAAAGGGACCAGGAAGGAUUAGGCUAUAGAUCAGCAGCCCAACCCCGAGUUACACAUUUCUCAGCUUGGGAUACACGGGCGGUGGCAGGGAGGGAGAGAGUCCCUAGAUUGACCACACUGAACCAGAAGGAGAAGAGAAGGCAGGAGGAGAAGGACAGAGCCUGGGAGCGGGAUCUGAGGACAUACAUGAAUCUUGAAUUCUGACCUCAGCAAGGUCUGACCCUGGUUUGCGGCUGAAACCUGAACUUGGGCCCCUGAACUGGGUACUUGGGCUUCUACUUCCUGGGGUCUGUCCAGGGUACAAGCCUUCAGGUUUGAUAAGUGGGCUCUGCCCUUGGGAAACAGGUUGAGAAAUAAAUCAAGCUUUUCUCCCUC